UCAAAAUCAAAUCAAACAAAUGUGUCGAGGCUAAAUUUAAGUAUAAAGCCACUUUUAAAUAAUAAUCAUCAAUAUAUUGCAGAAAAUUAUGAAUUAAUGAUUUCCAUAAUAAUCAUAUAAAGUGAUUUUCGUGAAGAAUGGCUCUGGAUUUAGUCAGUGUCGCACAGCCUCACUAUAUACCUGGUUACACAGGCCAUUGCCCCCAAUACAAAUAUCGUAUAGGCGACACAUAUGGCUCGACAACUCACAAGAUCCUUCUGGAUCCCAGCGUUCAGCACUCGGAGCGAUUGGUUCUGUCGGAUAGGACAGCGGACGAUUUUCAGGUCUUUCAUCCUCCGCAAACGGACAUCGACGUAGUAAAUGCGAGAUUUCGUAAUGGCGAUCCGCUAUACAAGCAUCCCAUGAUACCUGGAUAUGAGGGAUUCCUUCCUCGACUAAAUGCUCACUUCGGUCAGCGGUACACAGUGGCCGCAACAGAAGCACUAUCGGAAUUUCAAAGGUCACAACUCAAUCAGAGAACUGGUAGACACCAAUUAGAGAGGGUUGUCGAUUUGCAAGCAGGAAAAGGCCAACCCUGGAACUUGGUUGAUAGAUUCUCAGCAACAGCAGAGUUCAAAUUACCACUGGUCGUUGUUAGACCAGAAUGCGCUGGCAUACUACGAGAUAUGCCCAUGGAUGAACCUAAGCUCUCACCACCAUCACAUUCAGUCAGCCCUUAUUUCAUGAAUAAUGACGAUCCAGAUAAAUUUAUCAAGAAAGGUUUUGCGGGCCACGUGCCGUAUGGGUUCCAGCGUUUCGGCGAAUCGUCGAAGAAACUAACAAAUUCAGCUCUUUGCGAUUUCUCAUCUAACUACAGAAGACGACAAAGUACCGAGUGGGCUCCGGUCAAUGUUGUUAAACCCGAUCCACCCCUAUCCAUCAGUCCAACCGAACUCUACCAUAAGCAUGUUGGCAUGCUGCCCAAUUAUGCGGGUCACGUGCCGGGAGCUAUGUUCAGGUUUGGAAAAACAUAUGGGAACGAUACCAGAGAUGCUAAGCGCUGGCUACGAGGGGACUUUGCGCCCUAAUAUACCUACGAUCUCGUCUCUUAAUACCAUAAUGUACAAUAAUUAAUUCGAAAAUCAAGUGUGUAAU